AUGCGCGUCACUCUUCAUCAACUCAUAGUCUUAUGCUUUGGAUUUAUGGCCAUUGCUGCCCCUCUCAGCCAUCCUGACUCUCUUACGAUCAGAUCAAAAGAUGGUGAUGAGUUUGUGAGAUGGCCUGACAACGCUAUUGAUACGAACGGGCUAUCUGUUGCCGCAUACCAAGGGGACUAA